AUGUUUCGCGCGCAGCAGAACCAAUUUGACGACGCUGUCGCUAAGGCGACGGACGAGAAUCUGACCUCCGAGAACUGGGAAUACAUUCUGGAUGUCUGUGACAAAGUAGGUUCAGAGGAAUCAGGUGCGAAAGAGGCCGUGGCUGCGAUGAUUAAAAGACUGGCUCACCGAAAUGCCAACGUCCAGCUCUAUACAUUGGAGCUUGGAAAUUCGUUGUCGCAAAACUGCGGGUUGAAGAUCCAUCGCGAGUUGGCUUCGAGAAGUUUUACUGAUGCGCUACUACGCUUGGCGAACGAUCGUAAUACGCAUCAACAAGUCAAGUCUAAGAUUCUGGAGCGCAUGGAAGAAUGGACUGAGAUGUUCGCAUCCAACCCGGAUUUUGGCAUCAUGGAACAGGCGUACAUGAAAUUAAAGACCACGAACCCGAAUCUGCAACCACCGUCGAAACCUGGAAAGCGUGAGAUCACCGAUGUUGAUCGUCAGAUGGAGGAAGAGGAAUUGCAAAUGGCCCUAGCCCUCUCGAUUAAGGAUAAAGCAACCCCAGCGGCUGCUGUCGCGGCAGCACCUCGAGCCGAGGCUUUGUCUACUGCUGUUACAUCGGUAUCAGCUCCCUCAAAUCAAAGGGAGCCCGCCGAGACUCAACCUGUUCUUUCGGGUACAUCAGUAGCUACCGUAUCGCGUGUGAGAGCGUUGUUCGACUUCCAACCGUCUGAGCCAGGAGAGCUUCAAUUCCGCAAAGGCGACACCAUUGCAGUCCUAGAGUCUGUCUAUAAGGAUUGGUGGAAGGGUUCCCUGAGAGGCCAGACCGGCAUUUUCCCUCUCAACUAUGUGGAGAAACUUCCAGACCCCACUGUCGAUGAGCUGCAGCGGGAGGCUCAGAUGGAAGCGGACGUCUUUGGCCAGAUCAAGAGUGUUGAGAAGCUUCUGACUCUACUGAGCACCCGCAACACAGAUCUCAACGUUCAAGAAAACGAAGAGAUCACAUCGCUCUAUCAAGCUACACUUGCGAUUCGUCCAAAACUCAUCGAAUUGAUUGGGAAAUAUUCGCAAAAGAAAGAUGAAUUUACCCAGCUCAAUGAAAAGUUCAUCAAAGCUCGUCGCGACUAUGAGUCCCUCCUUGAGGCAUCGCUAGCCCAUCCGGCACAGCCUCAAUACGGACGACAUGCCCAGCCGCAGUACGGUUAUUCUAGUGCUGCGCCUGCCGGGUACCCCUCUGCUCCUCAGGCAGAUCCUCGAUAUUACACUCCCCGGCCUCAAGAUACCAUGCCAACCCAGGCGAAUGCAUAUGCACCAUACCCCACCAGCGAGCAGGCUGGGCCAUACCGCCCAGCCUCUCACUCCCCUGGUCCUCGCCACCAGGUCCAGGCAGGCCCGUCACAGCAGCCACCUCACGCCGACCCUUAUCAGCCUGUCAGCCACCGUCCGCAAUCUACUUACGAUCACCCCCAAGAACUAGGCACUUCUGUCUAUGAUUCACCUGUCGAUCACCCUGCUCCUGGCCAGCGCAUGCCGUAUCCCCCAACCUCUCAAGCCCCGCCUGCCGCUCACCAGCAAUUCCAACAGCAGCAGCAAGACUACUCGUCCUCGGCCUACUCCGCCGAAGAAACAGUUCAGAUCCCGCACCAGUUCCAGCAACAACAGCAACAAUCCCCGUAUCCUGACUCUCCCGGUGCCCAUAAACCUCCUCCAUCGCACCAGCCUCCACCGGCACCCGGGGCAACACAGCAGCCACAAUAUACCCCCUACAACCCGGCACCUCCAGCCGCAAGCACGAGUGAGUACCAGGCGUACCAGCCUCCGCAGGGUGGGGCUGGCUCGAAUCCAGCUUCCUUUUAUCGGUAA